CUUUCAUAACAAUAAGCGAUAACUACUGCCAUUUUACAUGGAUAGUUUUAAUGGUAUACACGCUUAUGAAGAGAAAAUUCACAGCAAAUGGGAGUUUUAUACCUCAAGAUGUUUCUGGCAAUGAUAUGUGUAUUCUAUUCAUGAAAUAUGGACGCUGUCGAUUUAAAGCAAAAUGCAAGAAAUCACACUGGGUUCCACCAUUACCAAGUGAAGCUUACCCAGAAGAGAUAAAGCCACCACUACCUAAUGAUAAUGAAGAUGAAACAACAACAAAAACUUAUAAAUUAAGACCUAAGAAUAAAGAGGAAACUUUUCAAAGUGAUUCUUCAAAGCAACACUUCCACAAGUCUUCUGUCUAUGAACCUACUACCAACCUUAUGUCUCCAAGACAAUUUACACAUGUUUUCUAUAAGAACUGCGUCUUAAGCAGCCAAAAUUUUGGCGUCAGUAAGCUGUUCAAAGAUUCUGGUGCCUAUUACGACAACGUAGCGCAAAAAGUUCAAAUCACUCCGGCACCAAAAAACAAGGCAUGUUUAAGUUUGAUGGAGAAGCAUCAUUUGAAAAUGCUUCGUCGUCUGCAUCGACGAACGAUGCAAAAUCUUAAAGAAAGACUUUUUAGUGUUCCAGUCAGCUAUAACUUGCGAUUUAAUAGAGAAAAUAUUGACUUCACUCGAUUGAAGCCUUAUAUGUACGCGCUUAUUCACGAAUGUAUGAAUGCCGAAGGUGAUUUCAUACCCAUGAAACCAUCUUCUUUUGAGUGUCUUGUAUCAGAAACGUUGUUGGCUCACUUGAAGAACUCCUCAAUCACAGCUAGAAUGAUGGAAGAAAAAUUAUGUAGUUAUGGAGCUAGAGCUGUUCGUUCCAGACAAUGCAUAGAGCAUUUGUGGCAUGUCUUAGCCAUCUUGUCCAAAUCUCCUUGUGGCGAUUCUAUUGUUGACGACGAAGGGAAAAUGUUCGACACUUGUGUCAUAAGGAGAAAGAAGGCACCGAUAAAGAUUCACUGCAAAAAUUAACGUUGAGUCGAUGUAAUAAGAAAAAGCGUCAAAGGUCUAGACAAUUUAAAAAUUGGUCUCUUCCUGAGAAACUGAAGUUUCAAGAACACUGUCUUAAGCUUUUAUCAACGUCUAGCGAUUCUCUCAAACAGCAUGUUUAUGAACUCAGCAGAUCAUAAACACCUUCAUUUUUCUGAUAACGAAGGACGAAAGCAGUGAUACUUAAAAGAAAAACCUAUAUACAUUAUCCUUGUUAUUAGUUGCAUGUUUAAUGUAUAUGUAGAUCGUCCAGCUUAGUGUAGUCCUGAGAAGGACUGUUGGUGUUGAUGUUGACUGACGUUUCAACAUCCUUAGCGGUAGGACUGACAGUAGUCAUCUUCAGAGUCUAGUUAGGAGUUAACGUGAGCAGGUUUGCCUUAUUUGUUGUCUAGUUCAGACGUCACGACAUGUAGUAAAAAUGUUGUAGACGUGUGAGUGUCUAAAACAAAUUACGACAUCCAUCAUCAUCAACACCAACAGUUCUAUUUGUUUAUUUAUUUAAACGAUGAUGCUCUACAUCUUCAAACAGGUAGCAAUGCUCAAGGCUUCAAACCAGUCGCGGCUCUGUCUCUACUGGUCAUAGAUACGCAUAAAGCCUCUUUGC